AUGCAGCAGCAGCGGAUGAAGGAGAAGGUCCCGCUGGACGCCGUCGGGGAAUUGCUCGAGGUGGUUCAGUACGCAUUGCAGUCCCCGGACGACCCACUGGUGCUGAUGGCGCUGCGAACCCUCCGCAGCGUGAACACGAAGUUUCGCGCACGACUGGAGGAGGGGCAGCGACGGGCCCGCGCGCACCACGGCGGCGGAUCUAACGAUGCUCAAAGGACCAGCAACGGGACGUGUAUUUUAAAGCUCGGGCAGUGCGCCAUACAGGUGCUUUCGCUUACCCAGCGAUCAGAUGCCAUCGGGGACGAAGCGCGGCGAGUGAUUCCGGAACUGGCACCUCCGAGGGUACAUUGA